AUGGAGCAAAACUGGGGGCUGUAUAGCAGCUAUUACGGCGGUGAGCGAACGCCUCCCAUCUCCCCUCAUCAGUCGAGGGACGAUCCCAACUCAAGCCACCGUCGAUCAAUCGGCCAAGGCGGCGCCUUCCUGCCCCCGCCCCCGCCUCAAUCUGCGCCUCCUCCCUCGUCAAGCACUGGCGUGACUCUUCCCCCAGUCUCUUCAGCCUACGGAGCAGGAGCUGGCCCCUCAUCGCACUACUCAUCUUCUCCGACCACGAUGUCUGCAACGGCGGGACCCAGCGGCAUGUCUGGCCAGACCCAGUCGAUGCACAUGGGUGGUAACCCGGGCCUCGGUUACGGAAGCCAUAUUCCAGUCUCACAGCCGGUCAGCGCGUACCACUACCCUGUCCCGCCGUCGUCGGCGCCCAUGUCUAUGAGCCAAGCUUCUAGCGGACGCCCCCACGGUUACUCGCCCCGUAUCCCAGGCGGGUACCCCAGCAUGUCGCCGGCGAUGAACACGUUUUCGCCCGUAUCUCCCUCCAUGGCGUAUCCACAGCCCCCCAGCACUGCCGGGUCGACCUCAAGCUUCCCCCCGAGUCUUCCGCAGUCUCGCUUCGAGCCCACUUCCGAGUUUAAGAAGCGCAGGACGAACUCCGGCUCUACCACUUCUUGGGAGGGCUACGCUCUUUCCCGGCCUGGAGUUUCUUCCGGAGGAACAGACAAGCGCGACGACGACGACCAGCCUUGGGGCAUGCCACAGGAGCAGUACAAGGCGCUCAACCCUCGCGACAAAAAGCAGGUGCGAAACCGCAUUGGUGCAAGGCGCUUCCGCGCGAAGCGUAAAGACUACGUUAGCCAGCUGGAGAACGCCAAGAAGGAGAAUGAGGCCAAGAUUGCCGAGCUGCAGGCGCAGGUCGAAACGCAGCAUCGUGAGAUCAACGACCUCCGCUCCCGGCUUAAUCUCGCACCUUUGCCUCCGCCUGUCGACUCACUAGGGAUCAACGUCAGUGCGAGCAGCUCGAAGCCGGACUCGGGCAGCGGCCCGUCCAUGGACCCGAUUCCCGGUCAAUGA